AGUGGAUCGACGCACAAUCCGCUCCAAGCAGCCGUAGCAGCUCCACCAUCAAUGAAACCUCCACCACAGCGAACGAGGCCGACUCCGGGUGAGCACGGACGGAACAACGACGGAUGCGUGGACUCGCCGUCGGAGCGAGACAUGGCCGCCGUGCACGAGAGCGACCCGUAUAACGUUCUACCGUCGUAUAUCCCACCUCCUGUACCGGGUUCUCAGUCACAAUACGGCAUGGGUGUUUUCCCACCGCAAGCGCACUCUCAGUACACUUCUCCUUACUCCUCACAGACGUCGCACAGUCAGUCAUAUCAACAGGCCGCCUACGCGGCCAACCUUCCUGGUAGCUACGGCGUUUUUGGGAACACGUAUCCCAUCACACCGGCACUCACAUGUCAAGGAGAAGAUGACGACUACGACACCUGAGAAACAGAGAGCGAGGCUUCGGGGGAAGUUGCUCCUAGCCGAUUCCGGGCUCGGAACCGGUACCUAAGUAGUUGUGCAUCAACGCUGAAAUGCAACAUGUAGAUAGAGCGAUGGUCGAGGGUUUUGUAGUCUAAUCAAGCCGCCACCCGAUGUAGAUAAACUGUGUAAAUACAUACGAGAGCGGGACCCCUGUACAUUUUGACUCUCGUCCGUUUCGAGGAAGUGCGUCUAGUUAACUCCGACUACGACGUUGUGGACAAGUCACAACAACCUAAACGAGUAGCUAACCAACAUGCCCGGUUGAUUCAAAAUGGGAAGCAAGUAAUCUACUCAAGGAUUAUGAAUGGUACCAUGAAUGGCUAGAAUAAAACUG